AAACUUUCCUUCCCGUACACAUAAUUACAAAAUUCGAGCUAAUUACACGAACAAGUGAAAUUGAUUAUCGAGAGUGCGAUCGUGGAAAACAUGGACGCGGUUGAAUAAAAUCAGUUUAGGGGUACGGUGAGUGGGGCGCGCUUGCUCAGCUGCACUGGCCAAACAACCGGCAGCAUGGACGCACCGCGCCCGAUGCGGAUUCUGUGCCUUCUCGCGCUGUUCCACGUAGCUAGCUCGGCGCUCGCGCACGAUGUGCCCAAACACGUGGAGGACCAAAAGCUUGAGGUGUACGACGGUGUUUACGUGACCAUACCAAAGGAUAAUGAUUCCGGACGGCUGUUUUCGGUUGAAUUGGAUACUGACAGGGGUGUGGUUGAAGGUCGUGGCAAGAAGAAGAAUAUAAUGCAGAGAAUCCUACCGAUGUUUAUUUUGCCUUUCGUCCUACAAUCGGCGAUUAUGCCCCUUGUAAUGGGCAUGCUGAAGUUUAUGCUGGUGAAGUCAUUCCUGGUAGGAAAGUUGGCGCUAACUCUCAUAAUGAUUAACGCCUUCAAAAAUCAUAAUUCCUUCAAAGGAAGAGACGCUGAAAUGGCCAGUGCACACUAUGGUUACCAUGACAACGGGAUAGAACACUACACUUCAUACUUAAAUUGAUAAAUCAAGACUAUCAAGAUAAAAAUCUUAGUGGAAUGGCGUAAUACAUAGGAAAGGCUGUUUUUUUCAGUCAGAUGUGUUAAUUACGUGUAGGUACAGUUAAAUCGAAUGGGUAAUAUAGGAUGAUUAAUUUUAAACAUAUAAAAAAUCAUGUUAAUAUUUUAUUAAAAGCCCAGAUAGUGUUCGAUAUAAAUAAGUUUUUUAACAAAUUCGUUUUGAUUGAUAUCAGAUAAAAACUUCAACUUCAGUCAAAAGUCAGUUUAUUAUAAUAUUCUUGUAUCUACUAUGUAAUAUUAUCUGCAUAUUUAUUGAGCUGUACGUAGGUGUUGAAUAGGAUAUUACAUUAUAGACAGAUAUAACUUUAUAACACAUGAAGGAGGUCGUUAUUGUAAGACAAGAUAAUAGCAAUGUUAUGAUAAUUAUAAAUAAGUUUUUAUUGAUUAUUUAUUUAGUUAUUAAAGUAGACUAAGAUAAUUUCUAGUAAGUAUAAUUUGUAUGGGUAUUUGAUCUUCAGUAGUUAUUUCUAGCAUAUUUUUAUCUUAUAGCCUUUAAGAUGACUUUUGAGAUGUAAGUAAAAAGUAGAAGACAUUGUUUAUAAACCGUGACAGUCUUUAGUUUUCUCAAUAUUGUUAAAAAUUAUAAGAGUUAAUGCAUAAGGCUCUCAAGUAUUAACGACCACUGCUCUAGCUCGUAGAAUAUAUAAAUAAGUUAUUUAUUGAUCAAUUAAUUGUUAUAAGAUUAUUUAUUUUAGCAAUAAUAUAGGAUAGGUUCCAUGUAACAAUUCAGUGUACCUAAGCUCUAACAGUUUAUUUAUUUAUCAAUAUUUAAUUAUAAUCCUAUCGGCGUUCAUGACAGUCACUUUACUUUUUAAGACAAAGAAUUCAUCAAACAGCAAUGCGAGAUUAAUGAAUUUUGAACAUCAUCAUCUGCCUAGCUAGCCUUUUUCCAAGUAUUCUGGGAGCGACUGCCAAUUAUAAAAGGAUGCAGCUGAGAACCAUGUAGCGAUUGCCUAUCUGACCUCCACAGCCCAGUUAUCCGGGCAACCCGAUACCCCUCGGCAAGACUGCUUGUCAGACUUUCUGCCUUGUGACUACUUACCUGUAACGACUACCAAAGAUGUUCAAAUUACAGCUGAAUAAUUCAUAUUUUGAACAUGCUACUAUUAUUUCAAUAUGCUUGUUAAUAGUUGAAGCUGUAUAAACAAUGUAUUAGCCUUUUGUAAACAUUAUCACAUUAAUGGUACUUGUGAUCAUUCUAUUGACAAUUGUGCUUAGUUCUAUUAGGUAACUUAAUGCCUCUAAAUUGUACAGCAUUUAAUUAAAAUAAAUAUUUUGUUGUUACACAAAUGCUUUACUAAUUGCUAAUUUUAAAAUUUUAAAUAAAUAAAAUUAAGCUUGA